AUGCUGCCGCACGCGCUAAUAGCUGCUCCGGGAAAAUGCUCACCUCCUGCCGUCGCUCUGUCCCAUUCAACCAGCUCUCGCCAUGUUGACUCGGAAAGAGUCGAGCGAAAGUUAUUUUUGCGCAGGAGUCUAUUAGCAGGGGAAGCCGUUGGUAAGAAGGGCUUAUAUGGAAGAAGUAGAUUCAGUGCUCGUGCUUGUAGCGGUAGCAGUACUGGUGGUAACAACGGCGGGAACCAUGGCGAGAACAGCCACAGCGCGAGAACCGGCCAUAUCCACCGUGUCACAGCAGGAUUGGUCGCCCUGCACGACGAGACGGGAAGCAGGCGAUUUCCUUUAGAGGUUGUGGCGUCUCUUAAGCCCGAGGCACACACGAACGGCGAGUUCAGGGAAGCUACGCGGGAGAAGGAGGACGUGGCUCGAACGAUAGGCUUGACAGACGCGGAAACGGGAGGGAGCAGGACUAAGUUAGAGACGACGUCUUUAAAAGGGGAUGCUCUUAAACGCGAAGCGGAGGAGGCGGUUUUGGCGAUAGACGUGGGCACGGGCGGGACCAAGGCGGCUGUGGUGACGUGGCAUGGCGCUGUCGUGGCUUCUGCGUUCUGGCCGCAUGCUCCGCCACGUGGCGCGGAUGAUGACGUGGCGCAGGCGCGGCAGACGGCGGAGCAGGAGCCGUCUGAUUGGUGGAGAGCGGCGGCGGGCGCAGCUGGGGAGUGCCUGGCGCAACUGGAUGGGCGGAAGGGGGGGAGCAGCGCGGGUGGGGAAGGGGAGGGAGGUGGAGUGGGUGGAGACGGGUUGAGUGCGGUGAGGGUGGUAGGUGUUGCGGAUUGGUCGGCUACCAGCUGCACUGCCGUCCCCCCUGCCAUUCUGUAUUGCGAUGCGCGUGCCACUGCCGAGGCCAGAGAGAUGGCAAUGCUGGCAGGAGGCGAGGAAGCAAUCAUUGCAUCCACCGGGAUGAGACAAUGCCCCACCAGCGUGCUGGCGAAGCUCCUUUGGCUGCAGCGGCACCGACCACACGCACUGAAGGAAGCUUCCUCGCUGCUUCUCGGCGCCCAUGCCUACGUGUGCAGCCAUCUGAUUGGUCGGCCAGCCCGGGUUGUGGAUUGCACCACGCUCUCCACCACAGGCCUUGCCACGUGUCCAUCCACCUCUGGCAUCUCAUAUGCUUCUGACCUGCUUCACUCACUGGGCCUCUCCCAUUGGCUGCCUCUUCUCCCUGAGAUCUUGCCACCCACCCAACCAUGCGGCACCUUAUCUGUGGAAGCUGCGGAGCGAAUGGGAGCACGCCACCUGGCAGGCAUCCCUGUAUUUCACUCGUGUGGAGACCUGGGAGCUUCUGCUGUGGGGUGUGGAUCAGGUCUACCUGGCACGGAGUACAUCUAUCUCGGCACCUCAGGAUGGGUGGCUGGGUCCUUUCCCCUGCCACCACCCUUACAACCAGCAACACAGCCACCCAACCAACAACCCAACCAGCUUUCCACACAUCCACCACCACUGGCAUCUCAGCCUCUUGCAUCGGUUCAACCGCCCUCAUGGUCUCAGGGCGUGUUCACUCUCGCUCACCCCGACCCCUCACUGGUCUUCAGAACAGCACCCAUUAUGACAGCAGGGGGCAAUCUCAAGUGGGCUAUCAACACGCUCCUGGGCAGCAGCGGCAAUGAAGCCAUCCCUUCCGCCCACAACGCCAAUUAUGCACCUGACAAUGAUCUAUCGUCCCACCCCAUUCCCCAACCACCUUUUAAACAUUCCUUCCAAUCAGACGUGGCAGAAUCUGCCUUCCAGAACGCUGACGUGGCAGCAGCAUCCGUGACAGCUGGCAGUGGUGGCCUUCUCUACCUCCCAUUCCUGAACGGUAACUUGAGAAUACAUUUUUGUCGCAAGGCACGUCUGUGUCUCAAGUAG